AUGUCUGUGCCUGCUGAGCAGCUGAGGUUUGGGUCUGUGCCUGCUGAGCAGAUGACGUUUGAGUCUGGAGCUGUUGAGCAGCUGAGGUUUGGCUCUGAAGCUGUUGAGCAGAUGAGGUUUGAAUUUGGGUUUGAGGUUGUGUCUCCUGAGCAUGCUGUACCGGGGGCAUCCGUUGGACUCGCUCGACAGGGUCGACCCGAGCGUCCUGACGACCCUGAUGAGUCCAGGAAAACUCGCCAACUGACGAAGCAAGGAAACGCUGUUCCAUUAGUUCCGCACUAUUUGUAA